UUUUUUUAAGGAAAGAUGAAGAAAAGAAACUUUUCAUGUAAUAUCAUUUUGUAAAUAGUUUUUUUUUUCCAGUUUAUCACUAUUCUUCUUUUAUGUAAUUCUCUUAAGAAAUUUAAUGCAAGAAUUCGUACUCCCCACUUGUUCUCUGUUUUUAAUGGAAAAAAGAUGAGGCCGUAAUUCAUUUCCACCGCCAUUCACUUCAGAUUUUCCAUAACUGUCAAUUGGCUAUGGCGAUGGUAGAUUCAAGUUUUAUCUUCAUCGGUAUCUCCGCCGUACCUCAUCCCCUUUUGAACAACAACAAAAACAAUAAUGGCAGAAAAUUCGGAAUCACUUCGGCAAAACGUACACAAGAUUCCGAUUCCACUUCAUCAACCCAACCAAAUCAAUUCAAAUUUCCAUCGCUGAGAGUAUCAAAUCCACUUCUCGCCCGAUCUGUCGUUUCGGUUCUCGGAUUAGGGUUCGUCGAUGCAGGGUAUAGCGGAGAUUGGUCUAGAAUUGGAGCGAUUACGAAGGAAACAGAAGAAUUGCUUAAGAUUGGAGCUUUCUUGGUGGUUCCGUUUUGUGUAUUUCUCGUUUUUUCUUUCUCAAAAUUUGAUUCGGAUUCUUCGUAAGUGUUUGGAUGAUGGAUUCCCCAAAAUGGUUAGAAAUAAUUUCAAUUUAAAAAUGGUAGGUGAGCUAAAGUUGUUCUUUUUGCUUAAAAGGGAGAUCUUUGAAGAACAUGUACAAAGUUCAUUUACUGAUAUGCACAUGUUUGAUGUUGGUUUCCA